CUCCAGCUCUUGCUUGCCCGGAGCCAGUGAGUGCCAUGCAGGUGCAGGACCCAUCCCGCAGGCCCUCGGCUGUGCACUUCCUCAGUGCCUUCCUGCAGGGCCGCCGGCACUCCACUUCUGACCCGGUCCUGAGGCUACAGCAAGCCCGGCGUGGCUCUGGCUCUGCCACCAAGCUGCUGUCCUCAUCUUCUAUCCAAGUGAUGGUGGCUGUGUCUUCUGUCAGCCGUACGGAGGGGAAUCCAACUUUUCCCGAGAGAAAAAAAAAUUCCGAACGCCCAACACCAAAGUACACAAAGGUGGGAGAACGUUUACGGCAUGUCAUCCCUGGACACAUGGCAUGUUCCAUGGCAUGUGGUUGGAGAGCAUGUAAGUAUGAGAAUCCUGCACGCUGGAGUGAGCAGGAGCAAGCCAUAAAGGGAGUGUACUCCUCCUGGGUCACUGACAGUAUCCUGGCCAUGGCUCGCCCGUCCUCUGAGGUGCUGGAGAAGUAUCACAUCAUCGAGCAGUUCCUCGGUCACGGCAUAAAAACAAUCAUCAACCUUCAGCGCCCUGGUGAGCAUGCCAGCUGUGGGAACUCGCUGGAACAAGAGAGUGGUUUCACGUACCUUCCUGAAGCCUUCAUGGAGGCCGGCAUUUAUUUCUACAACUUCGGAUGGAAGGAUUAUGGCGUAGCAUCCCUCACUGCCAUCUUAGACAUGGUAAAAGUGAUGACAUUUGCCUUACAGGAAGGAAAAGUAGCUGUCCACUGCCACGCAGGGCUUGGGCGAACAGGUGUUCUAAUAGCAUGUUACUUAGUUUUUGCAACAAGAAUGACUGCUGACCAAGCAAUUAUAUUUGUGCGAGCAAAACGCCCCAAUUCCAUACAAACCAGAGGGCAGCUGCUUUGUGUACGGGAAUUCACUCAGUUUCUGGCUCCACUCCGAAAUAUUUUCUCUUGCUGUGAUCCCAAAGCACAUGCCGUUACCCUAGCCCAGUACCUGAUUCGCCAGCGUCAUCUGCUUCAUGGUUACGAGGCCCGACUUCUAAAACAUGUGCCAAAGAUCAUCCACCUGGUCUGCAAGCUCCUGCUCGACCUGGCUGAGAACAGGCCAGUAGUCAUGAAGAGCAUGACAGAAGGACCUGGACUCUCUGCUGAAAUUGAAAAGACUGUGUCGGAGAUGGUUACGAUGCAACUGGAUCAAGAGUUACUGAGGCAGAGCAGUGACGCACCUGACCCGUUUCACCCCACUGCAGUGGCGGCCGAGUUCGAGGACCAGGAUGUGAGCCUUUCUAAUGAGCAUGACCUUGACCCCCUCUGGAAGAGGAGGAAUGCUGAGAGUCUUCAGCCCCUGACACAUCUGAAAAGGCAGCUCAGCUACAGUGACUCAGACUUAAAAAGGGCCAAAGCUAUUCUGGAGCAAGGGGAGACACCUUGGACAGUACCUGCCCAGGACUUGCUAGACCACAGCCUCCAGCAGCAGAAGCAUAUCAGCCAUUGUUACAUGUCACCGACUCCAGAGCUAGGUUUAAAUAAGGAAGCAUUGGUUCACAGUACAUUUUCUUUCUGGACUCAUUCAAAGUGCGGAGGCUUAGAAGGACUCAAGGAUGAGGGAUCACCACUUUUCUGUAGGAAGGACAUUCCAAAGGAAGUACAGCGGAGCAGAACCUUCUCUGUGGGUGUUUCCUGUUCACACAAUCCUGGAGAACCAGUGCCACCCAACUUUGCAAGUAUCCCUAGGGGUCCAGAGCAAGUCACUCACUGUCGGGGUGAAGCUCCUGGUGGUUGGGUUCCAGGCUCUGUUCAGGGGGAAGGGAGGACUCCCUGCAGCCCUCUAAACUGUGGCUCCUCCAGUCCUAAGGCACAGUUCCCAUAUGGACAGAAAAUCCAAGACAGCACAUACCUGUCGGAAGCAAUGCCACAUACUGGUUUGCAGUCUGAACUGAGCGCUGAGGCAAGGAGAAUAUUGGCAGCCAAAGCCCUUGCAAAUUUAAAUGAGUUUGUGGAAAAGGAGGAAGUGAAAAGAAAAGUGGAAAUGUGGCAGAAAGAAUUGAAUUCCCGGGAGGGAGCCUGGGAAAGAAUAUGUGGUGAGAGAGACCCUUUCAUCUUGUGCAGUUUGAUGUGGUCUUGGGUGGAGCAACUGAAAGAGCCUGUAAUCACCAAAGAGGAUGUGGACAUGUUGGUUGACAGACAAGCAGAUGCUGGUGAUGCCCUGUUUUUACUAGAGAAGGGUCAGUACCAGACCAUCCUCUGUGUGUUGCAUUGUAUAGUGAGCCUGCAGACACUUCCCGUGGAGGUGGAGGAAGCGUGCCUUUCACAUGCCAUCAAAGCUUUCACCAAGGUUAAUUUUGACUCUGAAAAUGGACCAAUAGUUUACAACACCCUGAAGAAGAUAUUUAAGCACACAUUGGAAGAGAAAAGAAAAAUGGCAAAAGACAGCCCUAGGCCUGGCCUCGCCUGAAGCUUCCUUCUCUGGACAAGUAUCCGUCCUAAGGGUCCAUCCCACCUAAGGGUGGCGCUUCUGCUCCCAUGUGGACGUGGCAUGCUGGCACUGCCCUUCCUUGCCACACUUCGUUGUCAACGCUGUGUCUCUUGUGCUGAGAAUAGUGGUUCUUUUUUAAAGUAGUUAUUUAUUUUAAAAUAUCCUUGAGCUGUGUCUUGAAAAUUUGCCAUAAAGUUGGUGCCACUUUAUUUAUUUACUGAAUUAAUAUAGUUGUACUGACAUUUUACGUAUAUUUGUGUCCUUACUCUUUUUGACAUUUUGAAGGAAAAAAAAAUAACUCUUCCUUCCAAAACAGUUAUUUUCUUAACAGAACUCUUCCUGGAGUUUCUACCAAAUAGAUCAUUUUAGCAGUAAAACCUUACUAUAUAUCCCCCCCACACAAGGCAUAUAUGUGUCCCCUUCAUCAGAACUAUGACCUAAGAAAGUCACCAAGUGUCUUAAAAUGUUUUAUAUUUGUUACUAAGAAGGCUAUUAAUACAUUUUAAAGAACUUUAAAAAACUUUGAAGUUUUUUUGUUUUCUUUUCUCUUUUUACAGAUGUGACAAAGCCUUUCAAAGUCUGUUAUUUUUCAAUGAUCCAACGAUUCAGUUUUCUUUAAUAGACUGACUGGAGAGGUUGGGACUUGGUACUUGUGGAAAGUAGCCCUGCUCUUUGUCAGGCGUCCAGAUACCCUCUCCCUUGGCUGUCCGAGGAGGGAGCCACUCUCAACCCAGAAGCCUUAUUUCACUUCCCCAGCCUGCUGCUCAGCCAGUUCACUUCUUUUCAGAGAAGUGGGAUCAGAAGUGACCACUGGGGGCAGUUGCUAAGGAGCAGAACUGGCCUUUGUCCUCCCAGGGACUGUGCAGAAGGGACUGCAGCUCUGGGAGAAGGCUCCUCGCCAACCCUGCUCUCUUGUGGCACUGUGACCAUUCUGACAGGGAGCUCAGACCUGGAGUAAUGGCAUUGCUGUCUGUGUCCCCCCCCAGCCCACUGUCUGCCCCAGGAGUGGUGGCAUUGCUGG